UUCCCAUGUGAGGGUCUCCGCAAUGGCUACUAUGCGUUGGGAUGUUCAUCGGAAUUUGCUUACUGUAUGAAUGGUAAAACCGAAUUCGAGCACUGCCCAGACGGUCUCAAAUUCGAUCCAGACCGCAAGCAAUGUCUGAAGACGGCUCAUGUGAAGUUAUGUCAAGGAUUUACGAGCGUGGAGCGUAAAAAUAGCGUUGGCUCGGGGUUGUAUUGUAAGUUUUCUUCGUAUUCGUUUGUUUUUAUGCGUUUGCUCGAAAGAUGUCCUGCUGCAUAA